UCUGUAAAAGCAAGGUGGGGGAUUCUGAGUUCAUGAAACUUCAGUCAUUGUUUACACUGCUCUCUCAAACAGCGUGCCAACGGCGUCCCCCUGGGGAAGUCAGUGAGGUGGAGGGUUCCCAUGCCCACACCGAGAAGUGACUCUGAGUUCAGCAUUUGUAAACAACGAUCUUGAGUGGCUUUGACUUCAGGCGGUCCUCUGAGGAUGCUCUAGAAACACCAGGCUUAUGAUCAUUGUUUUUCAUGUGGAUGUCCAGUUGUCCCCGCAUCCUUUGAGAACACUGACCUUGCUCCAUGAAAUUGACGUGGCCUUUUCCUCAAAGAUCACUUGGCAAAAAAACUGACAUUAUGGAAAGUGAUGUGUUCGGAAGAGAAUGACCGGCCGACAGAAAAACGGACAGAGAACGAAGGAACAUGGAAAAAUCCGUGGAGAGAGCAGGGGUUUAGUAAUUGCGUCACCGUCACCGAGGAGAACACAAGCUCUCUGAGGGCCAGGCCGGCCUGAACUAACCCCGCAGCGUCUGGCAUGAGGAGGUCACCGGACGUCAGCCCCCGGAGACUGUCCGACAUCAGCCCCCAGCUCCGGCAGCUCAAGUACCUGGUGGUGGACGAGGCUAUCAAGGAGGAUCUGAAAUGGUCGCGCUCCGUGGAGGACCUCACCAGCGGGCCCGUGGGGCUCACGUCCAUCGAGGAGCGGAUCCUGCGCAUCACCGGCUACUACGGCUACCAGCCCUGGGCGGCGAGCUACAAAAGGGAGGAGCGCCCCCGGGAUUCCCCGGGCCCGGCGGAGGCCCAGGCACCGGCUGGGGCGGAGGCCGGCGGGAGGACGAGCCACCGCUGCUGGAGAUGCUCCCGGGCGCAGCUCAAGAAGAUCUUCUGGGGCGUGGCGGUCGUGCUGUGCGUGUGCUCCUCCUGGGCGGGCUCCACGCAGCUCGCCAAGCUGACCUUCAGGAAGUUCGACGCCCCCUUCACCCUGACGUGGUUUGCCACCAACUGGAACUUUCUGUUCUUCCCGUUGUACUACGUGGGGCACGUCUGCAAGUCCGCAGAGAAGCAGUCUGUGAAGCAGAGAUACAGGGAAUGCUGUCGAUUUUUUGGAGACAAUGGCUUGACUUUGAAGGUGUUUUUUACCAAGGCAGCACCCUUUGGUGUUCUUUGGACACUCACAAACUACCUGUACUUACAUGCAAUAAAGAAAAUAAACACUACGGAUGUCUCCGUCUUAUUCUGCUGCAACAAAGCUUUUGUGUUCUUGCUCUCAUGGAUCGUUCUCAGGGACAGGUUCAUGGGAGUGAGGAUUGUGGCCGCCAUCCUCGCCAUCGCUGGGAUCGUGAUGAUGACCUAUGCGGAUGGCUUCCACAGCCACUCUGUCAUCGGCAUAGCGCUGGUGGUGGGCUCUGCGUCCAUGUCUGCCCUCUACAAGGUUCUGUUCAAGCUCCUCCUGGGCAGUGCUAAGUUCGGAGAAGCCGCCUUAUUUUUGUCCAUUUUGGGUGUGUUUAACAUCCUCUUCAUCACCUGUAUUCCCGUCAUCCUCUACUUUACCAAAGUGGAAUACUGGAGCUCCUUCGAUGACAUUCCAUGGGGAAACCUUUGUGGAUUUUCAGUCCUCUUAUUGACAUUCAAUAUUGUAUUAAAUUUUGGAAUUGCUGUUACGUAUCCCACUCUGAUGUCUGUUGGAAUCGUCCUCAGUGUACCUGUGAAUGCAGUGGUUGAUCACUACACCAGUAAGAUCGUCUUCAACGGGGUCCGGGUCAUCGCCAUCAUCAUCAUCGGCCUGGGCUUCCUCCUCCUGCUCUUGCCCGAGGAGUGGGAUGUCUGGUUGAUCAAGCUGCUGACCCGCCUCAAGGUGAGGAAGAAGGAGGAGACGGCGGAGGGCGCUGCAGACCCGGGCUCGGGACCUCAGAGCAAGAACAGAAGAGCCCGCCCUUCGUUCGCCCGCUGACCGUGGGCCCUCCAGAACUCUGCGGCGAACGCUCACACUCGUUGUUAGUGACUUGGGGGGUCUCUUCCUGGCGGGGGCCCCUCGGUUUGGUAAGGUGUACAUACCUGUACAGUUCCGGUAAUCUGCGGUAAGUUAUACGGUAUUUAUUGGCAUGUCCAAUUUGCUUGCUCUUUUUCCACAUCAGACCUUUCUCCUAAGGUUACCAGUUCAGAAUGAGAGCGACAAGAAGAGCCUCUCGGCCCUUUUUCAGUGAAUGUAAAGCUGGUUCCAGUUACCCUGGCAUUGAUUGUCCGGGGACGACGAGAGGCAGGGCCAAGUGUUCUGAAUCUUAGCAACUGAAAAUUACAUUGCACACUGUGAUUACUUUCCAGCUAUGGUAGGGUCAUAUUUUGUUUUAUACCAGAGCUGUAUUCUUAAUUUUACGGGAUCUCAACGAACCAAAAGCUGACUGUUCGGUCAAUCUGGGCGGACGGAGGGAUGGAUGGAUGAGGACGUUAAGAGGUGACGCGGCAAAGGGAAACGGGCUGCAGAACCCAUCGACUGCGGACUUAACCUCGGGGUGACGGUUGGAGGAGGACAGGCCCGCGCCGGGUGACACAGAGGGAAAGAGAAGCCCAAGCCCCAGCUGGCUGCUCUCCUGUGUCUGUGUAAGAUCAUGCAAGAGAAAUUACAGUGCCUUCUACAGAAUUUUCGUCUUUACCUACGUGAAGCGAGGUGACAUUGUAAGUCACUGGCGCCGUCUUCUCAUUUAGGUGUAAAAAUCUUUAGAAACCAAUAAAACUAUACAUGUGCGUGCGUGUGUGUGUGUACCAAAAAUGACAAGCUGGUGACCUGUGUAAUGGCACAUGGUUAGCGGUGUGCAAUGCACAUACAAGGUAGACUGUGCCGGAGGUGAAUUGCUUUCACUUCGUGACCAAGCUGGAAAAAUUACUUCCUGAACCUGUAAACCUUUUUAUGAAACUUUUAAAGCACCGGGCUGUUUACUUACACAAUUUACGUCUGCCAGAAAAAUUCUAUCUGUGAUAGAUCUUGUAAAGAGGGACAAGGGGGUUAGAGUUUACUAUUUUUGAAGUUUACAUUGUUACCUACGAAAUGGAGACCUUAUUUUGAAAUGUUGUCAUAACCCAAUGGUGCACUCUGUUAACCAUGGAGUCUUUCGUUUCAUGGGGGAAAGGGGCAUUCGUGACCUGAACUUUUUAGCAAAUUAUUAUUCUCAGUUUCCAUUACCUGUUUGGCCAAACAGAUGAAUAAACUGUUUAAAAAAGAA